UGUAAGGAAACCGAGAUUAACGUGGCAAAUAUGCAAUUAAAGAAGAUACAAGGGAAGGGUGGAGAAUAUAGAAACUUUACAGGCUCCGGUUUGUGAAUUCAAUUCCCAGAUUUGAUUUUGGUGAGAAGAAACGAAAACGGAGAGACGUUAACGUCGGAAGCAAAAAUGUGUUGGAAAUUUUCAUUGCUUCCUUUUCUUCUCCUUCUCGUCAGUUUCUCUGCUUCACUUCACGCCCAACUGCAGAAUACCUACAGAGUUGGGAGGAACGAAGAAAUCGAGAUAGGGUUUGGGCGCAGAGCUCUGUUAAGUUUCAAAGAGACUCCACAGGGAAGUAACGUUACCUUUGAAUGCUCUCGUUCUGGCCCCUGCGUUGCCUGCCUUUACUCCGAAAAGAAUGAUGAAAAAUAUCGCUGCAGUGAGACUGGCUACCGUAUUCCCCUGAAAUGUGUGGAAAUCAAAGCCACUUCAAAAGUUUCCAAUGAGAAAAAAUCUCACAAUGGUCGUUCCAUGCUUGAAAUGUCUUAUGAGCAGAAGCUUGUGAUCCCUGAUGAGGCCAGUGGUCACGCUUCAUCAACUGCACACCGAAAUCUAAGAGAUGGUUCUGUCUCAGCAACAGAUGGUUCUCAGUCUUACAUCACUUACAGAAGCUGUAUACCAUCAGUUAAUGAAGAAAAGUUGUCUGUACUUGGUUUUGAGAGCAUCGUGCUGUGCUUGCUGCUCGUAAGUGGUUCAGUUGUAUACUUCAGAAGGAAGCGAUCUGUUUCAACGGCUGGUUUUGCUUCUGGCAGGGUGCAAUCAAAUUCCAGGUUCUAGUCCAGUCAGGCUUUUGUUACAAAUGUUCAUGUGACGUAAAUUUAUUAACCGCAAAUACUAUAUAUUGAAGUUAUAGAUCAAUCAAAAGCUAGGCAUUGGAUGGUUGCACA